AUGGAACGGACCUAUGGUAUCUUUGCUAACACGCCUGCUGCCCGGGAGUUGACUGUUGAGCCGUGGCGGCAAUUUGAAGGUGGAAGAGGGUCCCAUCAUAAGAGCCUCUGCACCACUUUCUUCAACGGCCUUCCUGUCCUUUCUACCGAACACCGGCAGAAAAUCCUUCUUUCAGCAGUUGCGCUGCGGGCCAGCUUUCAACCGUCCCUUUGCCUCAACCACUUCGAAACCCCUUCUGCGCCAAUAGGCUGCACAGAGUCUCCCACCCGCACGCGCAGCAGCCCCUUGCUCUCAAGCUUCGAAUGCGCCCCCUCACGCCCUCUUAGCAGUUCGCCGCGCGCUCGAUUCUGGUCCUCGUUCCGCAGCUUUAGCGUCGCACAAGAAGCUGCGCCUUCCGUCUCCGCUGCUGGGGCAGAAACGCCGGCAGCCGGAAACAUAGUCGACGUGCUUCGGGAGCGCGAUCUGGUGGAUGCCAUCACGAACGAAACAGCGCUACGGGAGGCCGCCGCCAGUUCGUCUCUGAAAGUUUACCUUGGCUUCGACCCCACCGCCGAAAGCCUGCACAUCGGGCACCUUCUAGGGAUCGUCAUUCUGGCCUGGUUCCAAAAGUGCGGGCACACCCCGGUGGCCGUUCUGGGGGGCGCGACGGCGCGGGUGGGGGAUCCCUCCGGGAAGAGCAUCGAGCGGCCGGUGAUGAGCAACGAGACGAUCGAACGGAACCUGGCAGGGCUUGAGGGGACGCUGCGCAAGUUGCUGCGGUUUGAAGAGGGCCCGCAGCCUCUGGUCGUGAACAACUACGACUGGCAUUCGCAGUUCAGUUUCUUAGACUUCUUGCGCGACGUGGGGCGGCACGCGCGGGUCGGCGUGAUGAUCAAGAAGGACAGCGUGCAGACGCGGCUGGCGAGCGAGGAGGGCAUGAGCUUCACGGAGUUUUGCUACCAGCUGUUGCAGGGGUACGACUUUGUGCACCUGUUCAAGGAGCAUGGGGUAACGCUGCAGCUCGGGGGCAGCGACCAGUGGGGAAACAUCACGGCGGGGACGGACCUGGUCAGAAAGAUGCUCAAGAAGGAGGGCGCGAUGGGGCUCACGUUCCCGCUGCUCCUGCAGAGCGACGGGCGCAAGUUCGGCAAGUCGGAGGGGGGCGCCGUGUGGCUCUCGGAGAAGCUGCUGUCGCCGUACAAGUUCUACCAGUACCUCUUUGCGGUGCCUGACGCUGACGUCGUCACGUUCCUGAAGCGGCUGACGUUUCUCGACGUGCGGGAGAUCGCGGAGAUCGAGGCCGGGAUGCGGCGGCCGGGAUAUCAGCCAAACACGGCGCAGCGGCGGUUGGCGGAAGAGGUGACGCGAUUCGUCCACGGGGACGAGGGGCUCGCGCAGGCGCUGGCGGCGACGCAAGGGCUGGCCCCCGGCGCGGCAACAAAGCUCGACAUUUCGGCGCUAGAGGCGAUCGCGGCGGACAUCCCGUCGGUGUCGUUGCCGAUCGACAAAGUGGAGGGGCAGGUAAUUGUGGACGUGUUCGUGGCGGCGGGGCUGUUUCCGAGCAAGGGCGCGGUGCGGCGGCAGAUCAAGAACGGUGGGGCGUAUCUGAACAACGAGAAAGUGGAGGACGAAGGGCUGAGCGUGACGGCGAAGGACGUGCUGGAUGGCCGGAUGUUGCUCCUGGCGUCGGGGAAGAAGAACAAGUUGCUGGUCAAGAUUGAGAGUUGACAAGAGGUGGAUACGUAAGCCUAUGCUUUGUGGCACGAGCGUCUGGCUCUGUUUUCAAAGAACUCAAGUCAAUAGGCAGUAUCUGAUGGUCAUUCGAGAUUGGACAAAAAUACGGGUGAAGUAACGUUGACUUGCAAAAGGUCAAAGUUGGCCAUCUAACUAAGGCGAAAUACUCCGGCCGCCCAAUUGAUAUCGCAUUUCUGCGCAUCAAACUUGGUGGUACUGGGACGAAAUGCCUAAAUUGCAUCUGAGGUUUAGGGGUCUAAACCAAAGCACGAGCCUGACAGCCACAGAACCAUUGCAAUGGCUACCGCGCGGGACCCAAUAUUCUCGACUCAGGACCCCUGCAGGAAAUUGUUAUGUGGCAUGCCAGGAUGCCUAUACGAUUUGAGUCUAAAAGAUCAUAUGUGGGCGCAGAAUUGUGGGCGCA